GCACAAACAGCCACAGAAGAAGACGCAACCACAAGAAAACCAACAACAACUACACAACCAUUAACUCCAACAGAACCAACAACCACAACAGCACAAACAGCCAUAGAAGAAGACGCAACCACAAGAAAACCAACAACCACUACCGAGCCAUUAACCGCAACAAAACAAAUAACCACAACAGCACAAACAGCCACAGAAGAAGACACAACCGCAAGAAAACAAACAACAACUACAGAGCCAUUAACCACAACAGAACCAACAACCACAACAGCACAAACAGCCACAGAAGAAGACACAACCGCAAGAAAACCAACAACAACUACAGAGCCAUUAACCACAACAGAACCAACACCCACAAAAGAACCAACAACCACAACGGAACUAACAACCACAACAGAACCAACAACCACAGAAGAAGACACAACCGCAAGAAAACAAACAACAACUACAGAGCCAUUAACCACAACAGAACCAACAACCACAACAGCACAAACAGCCACAGAAGAAGACGCAACCACAAGAAAACCAACGACAACUACAGAGCCAUUAACCACAACAGAACCAAAAACCACAACAGCACAAACAGCCGCAGAAGAAGACACAACCGCAAGAAAACCAACAACCAAUAUAGAGCCAUUAACCACAACAGAAUCAAAAACCACAACAGCACAAACAGCCACAGAAGAAGACACAACCGCAAGAAAACCAACAACAACAACAGAGCCAUUAACCACAACAGAACCAACAACCACAACAGCACAAACAGCCACAGAAGACGACACAACCACAAGAAAAGCAACAACACCUACAGAGCCAUUAACCCCAACAGAACCAACAACCACAACAGCACAAACAGCCACAGAAGACGCAACCACCAGAAAACCAACAACAACUACAGAGCCAUUAAUCAAAACAGAACCAACAACCACAACAGCACAAACAGCCACAGAAGAAGACACAACCGCAAGAAAACCAACAACCACUACAGAGCCAUUA